AUGAGAACAAGUGGUUACUCGGCCUUCGACACGGAACGCGUUCGUGGGAAAACACCCUUUCCCAAAGAAACCGUUUACUAUACAAAGAGCGUGGAUAACUAUCACUAUCAUCCUCCCCCUUCGGGAUUCCAAUCUUCCGUGGAAGAGUUCCAGCAUUGGGCCAAUUUGCGUAGUCCACUAUCCGGCAUAUUGUCUACUAUCCUGGACAUGACGGAGCCCUUGCUAGGCAUGCCAUCUCUCGACCAUGAAUCUCUAGGCGUCAACUUCUACGACUCUGAUAAACUGGGUUGCGAUAGAGUCUAUUUCAGUCCAGCUCACAUGGACAGUAGCAUAUUCACGAUUUUGAUCCGGGCCACAGAAGCAUGCGAUGGGUUGGAAAUCGCCGAUCUUAGUACAACGGAAAAGCUUGGUAGCGAGGGAAUAGGACUGGAUGCCUCAUUCAUUUCCGUCCCAGCGGUGCCCGAUGAAGUUAUCGUGAUGGCAGGAACUCGCUUGCAGCGUCUUCUAGGCAAAGGCAAAGUGCGUGCAUGUGUGCACAGAGUUCGCAGCCCUAUGAAGACAGGCAAUAUGUGUAUUGCAAACGAGAGACUAAGUCUUGCAAUCUUCUGCGGACCACCCUUCAAAUAA